AUAUAAACAAAUCUUCACCAAAAACAAACCGCUAUCUUCAGCUCAGUUCCAACUAGUUGCGCUUGCCCUGCCCUUUCAAAGAUGCAAUCAUACCGGUCAGCACGGUACAUUGUGCCGAUUUUUCGGACAUAAAUGCCUAGGUCACCCAUGCAUAGACGAGGGGGCGCUAGUGUACCUGUGCUUACAGAUGGGUUAAACAUUAAAAUAAUUUGUUUCUUUUUUUUUUUAAACAACAACAACAACAAGGCGAAAACACUUGUGGGCUUUGUUAGUUAUAUGUGCAGAACAUAUCAUUUUGUAUAUUAUAUCAUUUUGUAUAUUAUAUAUGCGUUCGGUACUUGUGACUCUCCCGUGACUCUGCCCGAAGUCAGGAUUAAAUAAUGAAAUUAAGGAUAAGACUGGGUGAAAGAACCGAUAAAAUUGCCAUUGGAGAUGGAGAAACAAAGGAAGAAACACUUGAACAACUUUCAUCUGCCGUUGGUAAUGCUCUGAGAUUAGAGCCAGGAAGCUUUGAGCUGAGCCUGAAUGGGAGCGAUCCAAUUAACGGAUCCCCAGAUGAUCUUCUGAAGACCUUUGGCAUUGUGUCAGGUGACCUGAUCAAAGUCCUUCGGCCGAACGAACUGGACCCAUCUUUGAGGCAGAAUAGGGAGAAUACAAGAGUCGGACCUCGCCUAGAUACCCGUAUCAAUGGGAGCCUUGCUUCUGCUAGGGAAUGCACCACAUCAGAUAGGAGGCCAGAGCCUGAGUGUGAGGAAUCUCAAGAUAACUUUGCCAAUCAAGAGAAUGACAUGAGUACAGAGGAAAAGGAAGCAAGGGAACAACUGGCAAGACUUGAAAGAGAAGCAGAAAUGGGAGAGAAGAUAUCAGAACCAAUGUUGUGUAGAGAUGCAGAAGGUGAUAAGAUUCCCUUGCGUUUGAAACAGUUAUGUGAGGAGAUCCAACCAAAGAGUUCUGGUGAUGCCUUGUGUCUAGUGCUUCAUGUCCUCAUGGUGGAGACUGGAUUUGCUGCUCAGCAAUGUGGAAGUUCAUGCAGCACAGACCAACCCUCAUCUUCACAGAUUGUAAACAGAGAGCAAUGUAGGGAAGAUAGAGACCCAGACCCUCUAGCUGCCUUACCCAAUGAAUGGAAGACAGGAACAUCAUAUAAACUACCAUAUCAGCAUGCAGAAUGUAAAGGAGCUGAGUGUAUGCUUACCGGUGUUACAAUGGGAAAUAUACUUCUUAUUCAUGGUCUAAUUGGGAAGAAAAUCAAUGCAACAUUGCAGUUAAAGCCAUCCAUGUAUGCCUCUCUUGUGGAAGGGAGUGUUCUGUUCACAAAUCUUGCCUACUUGUCGAGGAGUUUUAAGGACACCAUAGUUUACCCUUUAUUAGCAACAAUGAGAUCAGAGCUUGGCCUUCCUCCACUGCAUGGUCUUCCAGCUCUCUUUCCAGAAAUUCAGCUGAAGAUCUUGAGUUUUCUGAAUAUUGCUGAUGUAAUAACAAUGUCAACCGUCUGUCACCAUUUCCAUAGUCUCAUUAAUGAUCCUUUAUUAUGGAGACAGCUUUUACUAAGAGACUUUGGAGGUAAAGUCACAGACAGGGAUUGCAAUUGGAAGAAUGUUUACAAAGAGAGAUAUCGCUUGAAAAUAAUGAGGGAACAGCUCAGAAAUCGAAUCCAGAAUUCUUUCUACCCUCCUGGUCGACACCCCUUUGCCUUUGUACCAUCAGUUGCAGUUCCACAUCCGCUACCUGGUGUAUAUCCCACUGGCUACAGAGGGGGAGACUAUGACAUCGACCCAUUUAAUGCCGGUGGUGCCCUUCCAGGUUACCCAAACUCAGCCUUCCUGCCAAUUCCUGGCCCUCUGGUACCCAAUCCUCGUCAUGAUCUUAUAUUCCCUAACCCCGAUGCAAACCAUAUACCUGGUCACGGUGGAGGACUUAUGGACUUGGAAACUGUGAGACCACAUCCUUAUGCUCCUCAACCACCUCAGGGAUUCCCUGGGAGGAGGACAGGUGGUCGGUCCCUUGGUGGAGGAAAUGGGAUGAGAACAUUCUUCAGGUGAUGGAGAGAGCAAUCAUCUCCAUACCAAUAAUUGGAUGGAAGCAGCACCGCAAGGGCAAGAGUUACCAUUACACCCUUUCAAGACCAUGGGUAAACUAAUUAGUAUUAGUGGAAUGUGCUCUCUGCCUUUUCAUAUGAUGUUAAUGUAGAGUAAGGAGGUUAUGAUUUUACAUGAAUCGUCAUAAAUGUUCUGAAGUAAAAAAGAAGCUUUGGUUUCAAUAUGUUCAGAAGAACAUGCACCAUGACCUGUAUUAAUCAGAAGUAAAGGAGCAACUUCAUGCCCCCAAGAGAUGAUAUUCCAAAUAUUGAGAUAUGAUUUAAGUGGGUAGCAUUUAGAUGAACAUUUUUAUCUGCAUGUUGAUUUCAUAUCUCUUUGUCGAGUAGGAAGUUGGUCCACAUUAUGUUCCUUUUAGUUGCAAGUCUGUGCAGAAAGUAUCAAGAAUUUUGAAACAUAAGGGAUUACUUUUUUAUCUGUUACCUGAAAUGACAAUUUUUGUCUUUUGUCUUAAUAUGAACAAUCAAUUCUCGCUACCCCAAAUAGGAACAAAAAUCUCAUAAUGCGCGAGACGAGAUAAUUUUCACUCCGUCGGGUCGUCAUCACCAUUUCCGGUUAAGAGUCAUGCUCGCGCGGGGUUCGCGAUUCUGAGUUUUCCACCACGCUGAAAUCGAUGCCAAUCAGCGUAAUAUGUACAGAUUAUAAUACUUUUUAUCUAAUUUGGUCAGUUUUUAUUCCAUUUGAAUUAUAAAUAAAAAUAAAAAAUAUAUUUCACCUGAAAAUAAUUUUUAUUCAUGUUUUUAUUUGGUUAUAAAAAAUUAAUCAAAAAAUGAAUAUCUUAAAACUUUGCAUUUAGCGACCGGCCUAGCCUGACACCACGAUCGUAUUCGACUAGACGCUAAAUAUAUACAGCAUUCAUUCCGUUCAAUUUUUAGUCGACCGCACAAAAUGGAUAAAAAAUCAGUUUCGGAACUUAAAAAAAUCUUAACUGACAGAGGAAUACCUUGCAAUGGAAAGCGUCGGGCAGAAUUAGUGACUUUAGCAGAAAAGGCCGUUAAACUGUAUCGUGAAAGAGAGGGUUGUGAUCACGAAAUUUCCGAGCGAAAGCGACGUUGUGUUGUAGUGCAUGACGGCACUGUUGAUCUGAAUGGCAAAACAGUGCAUUGGACUUCCGAACAGGAAGUUGUAAUACCGAAAAAGCUAUCCCAUAAUGCAAUGCGCGUUACAGGGAUUUUCCCGGAUCUCGGCGAAAUCACUAUUUGGGGUAGCGAGAAUUGGUAUACAUCAUAUGAAAGAGAGAUCCCAAAUAAUUUAGUAAUAAGUUCACGAUGGUGUGAAUAUGAUACAUUGUUCAAGAGACUGCAAAAAUUGCUCCAAAGCAAUCCCUUUUGAAAGCUGCCAUUCUUUGGGAAUGAAAGAAGCAACAUUAUUUUUCUUUCAUAUAUCUUAAGACAUAGUACUUGGCUUGAAAAAUAGCAAUACAUGUUUUUCAUAAUGGCAUACCUGAAGGUUGAUUUAAUUCAUUUGAAAUUAAGCAUCCUAUCAGUUGUAAUGUGUACAUCCUGAACAAGGGUAGAACAGCUGUAUAAGAUAUAGGCUAUCACUUAUUAAUAUAAUAAUCUAGUACGUUUUGAGUACCAAAGGA